AUGACAAAUUUAAUCGAUCAGUUUCUUCAUACAAAUGAUAAUAAGGAACGUGAUGAACUUUGGUCAUUAAUUGUACAAAGUUGGUCAAAAUCAUUUGAACUUUAUUUAGAAAGAACAAAAACUAUUUGUUCAUCCUCAUCAUUAUCAUCAUUAUCAUUUAAUUUUAUUCAUCAAUAUCUGAAUCAAUAUACAAAAAAAUUACUUGUAGAUAAUACUGAUCUUCAAAGACAUUUAACUGCUUUUGGUCUGUUCUUUGAUUACAAUCUAAAAGAAAUUCGUUCAAGAAAUCAUAAUAUUUUACAAAAUAUGUAUUUUUCAUCAUGUACCUAUUUUGAGUUAAUUGUAUUAAUUAUGAAAGUUCAAUUUGUAUUAUUUGAAUUAAAUAUUGAUUAUUUUAUUGGACAAAAUACUUUAUUAGGUGCUCUACGUCAUCAUGAUAUUGUACCAUGGCAUUCAAUUAUUGAAUUUAAUUUACCAUUAUUGAGUAAAAAAAAAUUCACAAAUGAUAUUAAUAAAAAUUUUCAACUUGUAUUACAACAAGUAAAUGACACAUAUAUUAAUAAAAAACAAAUUGGAUUUAUUUAUAGAGUUUUUACUGAAGAUAAAAGUUGGCCACAAAUUGAAAUUUAUUUCUAUCAAGAAAAUUCUACUCAUAUAUUUGAUUCAUAUAAUAAUGAUGAAUUAAAUAUGAAAAUUGGUUAUCUACAAAAAACUGAUGUUUUUCCUUUUCAAUUUCGUCCAUUUGGACCCAUACUUAUAUAUAGUAUUCGUAAUCCUUAUGCAAUGAUUUCUAUUACAAGAUUAGAUAUUUGUGAAAAUCUCCCAUGGAAUCAUCGAUUAGAAAAAGAAACAGAUAGUGAUCAUCAAAGUCGAAUACCAUGUGAACAAUUAUAUGAAGUUUAUUCAUUUGUUCAAACAAGACAAAGUUGGCGACGAGGUUAUUGUGAAGAAACACUUAAAACUAAACGUAUAGCACAAAGAACUUUAAGUUAUUUCAGAUAUAUUUGUCAAGAGAAUAUCGUGCAUCAAUUAGGAUAA